GGUGAGGCAGUACAACCGGUCGAAAAUGCCGAGGCUUCGGUGGACCCCCGAUCUCCACCUUUCCUUCGUCCACGCCAUCGAGAGGCUCGGAGGACAAGAGAGGGCAACUCCAAAGUUGGUCCUUCAGAUGAUGAAUGUGAGGGGUCUCAGUAUAGCUCAUGUAAAGAGCCACCUACAGAUGUAUCGAAGCAAAAAACUGGAUAACUCGGGCCAAGAGAAGAUGUCGGCGAUUACUCCAGUAGUAAACCCCAUGGAUUUUCAUCGAAGGAUGGGUGGUGGUAACCUUCAAGAGAUGCUCUACCAAAGAACAAUAAGCUUACCAUCACAGUCCCUCAGGUUUGAGAAAGGGGGUUUCUUCCCAUCAAGAAAUGCUCAUGAGACGAACCGGCUUUAUGGUCUUCUUCAACCUCCACAGCCCCAACAGCCGUUCAACUUCAAAAGCUCUCUUUUUAGGCAACAAGAAUGGGCCUUCAACCAGCAAGUGAAAAUGGGUUUGAUCAAGGAUCAAGGACCAGCAAAGGGCUUGAUACAUGAGAUGAUCUUUAAGAAAGACGGGAAGCCAUCGAGCUCGCAUUUGUUCGACGUGAGGGACGCGAUCACUCGAAGCAACCAAAGAAUGGAUGGGAGAAGUUUUGGAAGCUUUGAUUGGGCUGGUAGUAGCUCAAGGAAAUUAUCAGAAGCUCUGCAACAAACCCAUUCUUUCAGCAGUAGCAAUUACUACUGCUAUAGCCAUAACAAUACCAACAACAGCAACAACAACAACAACAACAAUGUUAAAUCCAACUUUUUGGAUCCUGUGGUCAUCAAUUUACACAAAAGUUCAGAAGAUGAAAGGCGUGUACGAGGCAAUAACUGUAAGACCAAAGAGCAGAAGACGGGGUUGGUAGAGAAAGAUGGCAUGCCAAACUUGCAGCUAAGCUUGAGUACUAGUCCCAUGUUUGUAGAUAAAGAUGAAGACAACGAAAAGAAGAGGAUCGAGGCUGCAGAAGAGCAAGAAGUGGAAGUCAAAGUCGAUAGCUCACUCUCUCUAUCGCUCUCGCCGCCCUCUUCCAUGAAAGGGACUGCAAAAAGCAGUAAUCUGAAGCUCGUAGAAUCCGGUAGUAGCAGCAGUAGUAGAAGCAGCAACAAUAAUAAGGCCGCUUUGGGGCUGAGUACUUUGGAUCUGACCAUGUCAAUUAGGGCAUUGGAGUGAGAUCUUUCAAGUACUUGUCUCAAGGUCUAUGGAGAGAGAAACUUGAGUGUUAGAGUUUGAUAUCAUGAAGUUAAUUAAAUAGUAAAUUUAGCCUAAUAGUUCCUUUGAGAGACCAUUCAUAUGGUUCGUGUUAAGCCGGAGUUUUUCUUUUUUAACUUGUCAUAACAUUCCCAGAAACU